AUGACACUCAUCGGUAGAGGCGGCCAAGAGCACUCCUACUUCUACGUCCAAAUCAACCAUACCACCGCAACCCCCAAAAAGGGAAACUGCGACGGCGCCCUCAGCGGCUCGAACUACAAAGAGCACGACAACGAGCACGAGGACAACACAUCGGCUGCGUCCUCCUCGACCGGUGCAUUUCUAGACCAAGUGUGCGACGCCCUUUUGGGGUUAGCUGAGGAACCUCUUCCCAAGUUGGAGGCUACCUAAACGAGCGGCGGAUGAGUACUGUGAGAGG